UCCGGUCGCCCGCGCAGAACCAGCUCCCCAAGCCGCCCGGGCGGCGGGCAAGGGGCGGGCGGGCAAGGGGCGAGCGGGCUUAGGCGAGCCCGAGGAGGCGCAGGCCUGGCCCGGGCCCCGCGGGUCAGUGUGAAGGUCUGUGAGGCUGUUGUUACCAGCACUGUGCUGGGCUACAAAAAAGGAGAGGAGCCUGUCCAGAAUCCCCGCAGGACAGGAGAAGGAGGGAACAUCUCAACAUGGAAAAACUCUGCAAUGAAAAUGAAGGAAAGCCUGAGAACCAUGGAAAGAUGGAAGAGGAAGAAGAGCCACUGGAUGCGGGAAAGCCAGGAGUAGCUUGUGCCGUGGCAGACAAGGAAAAGUUAGAAAACAAGGGAAGGACAGAUCACAGGGGAAAGCCAGAAGAUGAGGAAGUUCUAAAGGAUAAGGAAAAGCCAGAGAGUGAGGCAAAGCCCAAAGAAGGAAAGCCAGAGAGCCAGGGAAAGCCAGUGGGCGAGGGCAAACCAAAAGAAGGAAAAGCAGAGAGUGAGGCAAAGCCAGAGAGCCAGGGAAAGCCAGUGAGUGAGGGCAAGCCCAAAGAAGAAAAGCCAGCCAGCGAGCCAAGGGCUGCAGGAAAGCGCCCAGCUGGGGAUGAUAUACCCAGGAAGGCCAAAAGAAAAACCAACAAGGGGCUGGCUCAGUGUCUCAAGGAAUACAAGGAGGCCAUACACGAUAUGCAUUUGAGCAAUGAGGAGAUGAUAAGAGAAUUUGACGAGAUGGCCAGAGUGGAGGAUGAGGUGAAGAAAACCAGACAGAAACUGGGGGGGUUUAUGUGGAUGCAAAAAAGUUUACAGGACCCCUUCCACCCCAGGGGCCCAAGGGAACUCAGGGGUGGCUGCAGGGCCCCACAGAGGGGUUUUGAAGACAUUCCUUUUGUGUAGUGCCCUGGCAGGUCUUUAUUAGGCCUUGUGCUUUAAGGUUUUGCUGAUACUUUGCUCGAGGUGUCACUCUUGUUAUCAACAAUGUUUUUACCCAUAGGGGAUUUUCCCCCAUGUGCAUUACAAAGACGUUAUGAUUUUUGGAAAAAUAAAGCAGCUUAUGAUAUCA